AUGGGGACAGCAAAACCAAAUGGUUCUAUGGCCAAGCAGUUCCACACAUCACCCACGACAGUUCCAACAACCAGGGAGGGUAGUGCUGGCAGACAAAGAAAUAUGAUUGCAUCGCAAAGAGAUGGACAGAACUGGUGGAAAAUGGAACCCAAAUACUCUACUAAAGUUCUCAUUGGAAACUGGGUGGAAGAGAGGGAAAGGUUUAGAAAAGGCACUGGGAAGCCCGGCAGCAGCAUUUACAAAACGGACUUCAUCUGCUUCCCAGAUCACAAACCAGACAAAACACUGAGGAGAAUCGUGAUGGAAAAACACGAGGGCCUGCCAAUGCAGCACUUCUUCACCCAUCAUGAGGAACCGAGAAGCCAAAAUUUAGUAUCAGAGUAUGACGAUAAAUACAAUAGACAUGGUUACAACCCUGUGCUGCCUCCCCUCCGCAGCUGGAAUGGACGCAAGCUCGCCUGGAUUCCUCAGAAAUCAGAUUUCCCCAUUCUUGAACCACCCACCAACUAUGGCCUUCUUGAGCACCUGAUGAAAAAAUGGCACGAGGAAGAAGCUGGAGUGAUGAACAGUGUCUACACCAUUUCCUACGAAAUCCCCCUGAUUUCUUCUUUUGUGACUUGUCAACUGAGACAACCAGCUAAAAUUCAUGAGCUCCCUUCUAACCAGGGACACCUUCUCCAAACCGUUAGUAGAAUCCUGGGCUAUGAAGGGGAUCACAAAUAUCUGCAAGCCAUUGAACUGGUGAGAGGCAGAAAAGCAGGGGACGCCUCUGUGUAA